UCAACACUGCCGUGAAGCAGCCGGUGACUGUCGCACAAUCCGGCUACUGUUAUGGAAGGAAAUAAAGCUCUGCUGUUUCCGUUAGGAUAGCUAGCUUACAGGCUUGAUGUCGGAAAAUAUGUUUUUAUUUUACCUAUAGGAGUUCAUGUUGUGAGGUAACAGCUGCUGGAAGACCAGGAAAUGGACUUCAACAGGACUGUUCUGGUGACUGGAGGCUGUGGAUUCAUCGGCUCCCAUCUGGUGUGCUCGCUGGUCCACAGACACCCGGAAUGGAGAAUUAUCAACCUGGAUAAUUUGGAUUACUGCUGCAGCCCCAGGAGUCUGAAGACCGUUGAAAACAGAACAAACUACAUCUUUAUCAGGGGGGAUGUGUGUAACCCGCGGCUGCUGAACCACAUCUUCAGUUCCAAAAACAUCGACGUCAUCUUUCACCUGGCUGCCAAAACUCACGUCGAGGCUUCCUUUGAAUCCCCGUCCACUUUCCAGCAGGUCAACGUUGAAGGGACCAGAGUUCUGCUGGGAGCGGCCCAUCAGGCCCGACACCAGCCACAGCGCUUCAUCUACAUCAGCACCGAUGAGGUGUACGGAGCCAGUCUGCAUGAGGUGUUUGAUGAGAGCAGCCCAGUGAGGCCCUCCAAUCCGUACGCUGCUACUAAAGCUGCUGCAGAGUAUCUGGUCAGAUCAUACUGGGACCAGUACAAGUUUCCCAUCAUCAUUACCAGGAGCAACAACAUCUACGGGCCCAGGCAGUACACGGAGAAGGUCAUUCCAAGGUUCCUCACCCUCUUACAGAUGGACAAGAAAUGCACUAUCCAGGGAACCCUUCCAAAAUCCCGCCACUUCCUGUUUGUCAGUGAUGCCAUAAACGCCUUCCUGUUGCUUCUGGAGAAAGGGAUUGUGGGAGAAAUCUACAAUGUGGGGACAAGCUGUGAGAUUCCCAUCAUGCAGCUGGCGAGGGAACUUGUUAGGAUGGUCAAGAAAGUGCCAGAAUCUGAAGUAAAUGAUUGGCUUGAGUUUGUGCCUGACAGGCCGCGGGUCGACCUGCGUUACCCCAUCAAGUGUGAGAAGCUGCAGCAGCUGGGCUGGAGAGCUGAGGUGUCCUGGACUGAAGGCAUCAGACAGACAGUGAAAUGGUACCGAGACAACCCAGACUUCUGGUCAGACAUCAGCGAAGACCAACCACCAAUCAGGCGCGAGUUUGAAAAUGCUAGCACCACAGUGGUCACGAUCAGCUCUGAAUCUUGACUGACAGGAAGAGACUUAAUUUUUUUUCCAUACAAGUAAUUUCACGUGAUAUUUAUGCAGCACAGAGGCCAUUAUGGCUGGUUUAAAGCUCAAUGAACAAAACACUGAAUCCUUCAGUUAGCAUCAGUCUCACUCUGCAGAACAUUUCAUUCUCAGCCGUCUCUCAGUUAAGACAGUCUGAGCAACAGGACCUGAAGUGCCAGAUAACCAAGGGGAGAGCCUUCAAAGCAGACGUACAGCUGGAAAUUAAUGCACUUUAACUUCAUAGUAAUUACAAUCUUAGCUGAUAUUAACAGUGUCUUGUCCUGCUCAUUGUGAUUUUUUUAAAUUAAAUGUUUGCACACUGUGGGCUGAGGGACAUUAAUCUCUGAUUGGUUCAACAUUUUCAUUUAGUGUUGGCAGGAUCCUGGAGUCGUGCAGACAAACAGGUUAAAGUGUCAGCGCAGGAAGAAAAACUGAGGGGAAGAGCAACGCCUCACCUUUGAUUGCGUUUGGCUGAGUAUGCAGUGCAGGCACAAGUUUAAAUUAAGACUCUUUCCUGUUGGCUUUCAUCAACAGAAAAUAAUCAGGAUUGUAAGAAUAGAUUUUUAAGUUGGGCUUUGUUAACUUUAGCCUUCUUUUACCAAAUGGCCUGAAAUAGCAAUGAUCUCUGUUGAUGUAGGUAGCACAGACUCAGUGCCUUAUUUCCAGUGUACAUGGAUUAUGAACCCAAGAGGCUCAUUUUGAGACCAGAAGAAACUGAUUUGACCUUCCUCAGCCUUCUAUCUCAUGUGUUUCCUUCAAGAUUGUUAAUGCAAAUAUUCUGGUCGCCGUUUGGCCCAGACUGGAACGACACAUUACAUAAUAGAACAGGUUUCAGAGAACAAGGGUUAUGCAGGUAAUUCCUAGAUAACCCUCUAAUGAACGGAUGUCUGCCAUUGUACACCGUGGGCCAAAUACUGUGAUCAGAAGACAACUGGAUCAGAGAAACUCCAAACUUAAUGCCUCAUAUGUUAAUAAAAUAAGUUUUUCUACAUGACAAAGAUCUGUCAGCACAACUCUUUGGGCUUAAACCGUAAGAAAUGUGAAUAAUUCGUAGCUCAGUUUUAUAAUUUUAGUACAUUCUGGACAAAGUUUUUGUUCACUUAAUUUUUUUUCUUUACUGUUGACUUGAG